GGACCUGUACAUGUGAUGUGGUCCAUGAUGUGGAAGACAGCCACGGAUCGGACGUGGACGGUCAUUCCUUGUGCCUUUGUGGCUUGACUUGCCGGCUGAGUUGGACGUGACAGUUUUGUGGACGGAUAUUGACCUGCCAAUAAAAACUGAAGGAUUUCCCGUACAACUGCUUGCCCAUCUUGGCCGAAUUCUCAAGCAGCCUCGCUAUGGCCUGCGGACUUCUUCCAGUGUUGGCUGUCGCUGUACUUUCCCUUGGCACGUUCUGUGAUGCGGACAUUCCCUGUUCCUCGUUAUUCUGCCCACCAGCGGAUAAUCCCUCCUUGGUAGAGUGUUGCCACCGCCGCAAUGAAACUUUUUUUCCAGCCCGUAUAGAGUACAAGUGCUGCCUACCAAAAUCAACUGAACUCUUUAAAGGAUGGCUAAUCAUCGCCCUCAUUAUCACUGCUUUCGUGGUGCUCAGCGGCAUCUUCUGCUGCUGCUUCUUCUGCACCUGCUGUCCACUCUUCAGACAGCGUCACGGCGGGGCCACAUACGUAUUGGUCAACACGGCUCCCAAAGUGAACUACCAAGCGCUGCCCCAGACUACUACAGCACACCAGGGCAAUCCAACGGCAUCAUCUCACAGCUAAAUACGGUAGCCGUGGUCAGCUAUCAUACAUUUGCGUGUACCACGAGGCUCUGUUCCUAUGGAAUUCAGCAAUCGCUGUACGGGCGAUUUGCAAGCUGAAUUAGAUGCCAUUGUUUGCUAUGCCGUCUGUUCGGGUGUGUGGGGAGUAUUCAUGGCACAUUCCUCUACAUUUGGCCACUUUUUUGUUGGUACCGAAAUAUUCGGUAAGGCUACAACUUGAAGAAGCAUCUUGAUAACUGAAACUAUGAAAUUUAGAGUUAGCCCGCACUCUUGUAAAGUGCUCAUAUUUUCUUUUCAUAAUUAUGCGUUUGUGGAUCAUUACCAUUGCAGUAUUUUAUUUACUUAUUUGUUUGAGGAGUUGAGACGGUAGGCAGCAUGCACUUCUCAGCCUGCGCAUCAUUUGGUCCAAACUCCCCACCUCAAUAUUCGAAUACCUACACUGUCGUCUGAAUCAUUUUUUUCCUCUCUAUGAAAUACACGCCGCUCUCCAAAGUGCACUGAAGAG